GCGCAGCGGACAGCUGUUUCCCGCCAUAACGCAGUUCAUUGUGUUGGCGUACGUACGUGCAUCGGUUACGCGCGCGCGCCAUUUUUUUUCUCGCCAGCUCCCCGUUGCCGGGCAAACCGCCGCCGUCGCCGUACGAACGCCCCGCCGACGAAACCGCGCGCAACCCGACGGGAAUUUCGCUUCGUCCGCCAGGCGACAAUCACAGGGAUAUAAUUAUAACAAUAAUAUUUAAUUAUAUAAUAUCGUCGAACGUCGAAUAAUUACAGUUCGUGCGAGUGCUGUCGUUUGGAGAGGAAAAAAAAACAAGGGGGACUUCAGUUUGUUCUGACCGUGCGCUACCUCCUCGCUAAAACAAACCGCCACCCAUCGGGUUCGCCAUCGCCGUAGUCUCGCGCGCGACCAACGUCGGGCCGACGUUCGCACGUACCAUGGACACGGCUAUAACGAUCAGAUCGGAAGACCGGUUCGACGAUUUGCAGCACUACGACCACGAGGACUUAAACUAUUGCAGUCUGACAAACGCGUCUGAGGAAGGUGUGGAUUCGCCUCCGACGGGACUUACACCCAUCGUGGUUGGCCACAGGACACCCCAGAUGAGCGUCACCAUGGAGCACGAGAAGCGGAUGCGCCGGGAGAUAGCCAACUCCAACGAAAGACGACGAAUGCAGUCGAUAAACGCGGGUUUCCAGAACCUACGGACGCUCAUACCACACCACGAGGGCGAGAAACUCAGCAAGGCUGCAAUCUUACAGCACACGGCCGACUAUAUAUACCAGCUGGAGCAGGAGAAGACGAGACUUCUGUCGCAAAACUGUCAGCUGAAGCGGCUAGUGAGCAAGCAAGAGGGCGAGCUGUUGAGCACGGCCAGCGUGCACAAGAAACGUAAAAUCGACGACUCCACCGGUGUGGUGAUUUUGAACACUAACGUUGACGGUGAUCAUCGCAGCGGCGCGUUAUCUCCUGAUAAUAUCCAAGUGAUCGGCACCUCAUCAGGUUUAGAAGACGGAGGACUGAUGAUCGACGAGGUAGCCGAAUUAAGAGCUCAAUUAGAACGAGAGCAAAGUUUACGUGUAGAGUUAGAAGAGCAAGUGAAAGUGUAUUCAGCCCGUUUAGGCGAAGUGUUUGUGGACCCAAAAUCUACCACAGACAACACCCAGACUACCAUCCAAUACCAUCAUAAUACAAACACGUGUGUGGUUGGCGAGGAAGCUGGUAUGGAGAUUAUCGAAGUGAACGAGUCUGACAAUCUGGUAAUCCAGCGAGAGCCAGAAGAAGAUAUUCCACUGGUUAAGACUGAGAUCACCGAUGCACCUGAAGAUGAUCGAUUGAAUCCAGUCAAAGAAGAGCCAGUUCCACAGCAGCAGCAAGUACUGCCGUCCGCGCGUGUUUACCUCACCAGUACCUCCAGACAAAAUUUGGAGACUAUUGUCGAAGCGAUUAGACACCUAGAGGGUGAUCACCUUUUUAGUGAUGAUCAUCAGGAAGCACCCCUUGCGCUGACCAAACACGCGGCGACUAGCAAUCAGAAAUUGCUGAAGGUGGAAAUGAAUCCUUUCCUCCAGUUCCACAGUGGUUCUCAGACUCCUCAGGGUACAACGGUGGUAACAUCAAAUAGUCCCGUACGGCCGUCCAGACCUGGUGUUAUUGUUGGCAAACAAGCUUCGUGACUUCAUUAAUAAAGGUGGUUGUACAGUUUAUGUUACUACCAACCCUCAUUUCUCUUCAAUAUCUUCUUAAAAAAAAUUCUGAAACACUAUCUUGUAUAAGAAAGUUUAUACUGUUUCAGAUUUCUAUACAAUUUCCCGAUACAUGUUAUAUGUUAUUAUACUCAAUUGGAUAUGACUUAUGUUUAUACAUAUUUAAUACAUUUAUGUUAAUGAACAUUUUACUAUUGUAAAUACUAAUUAGAAUAUUUACAAACAUAUUAGUUCUCAUGAUGCCACAAGUGAAUACCGUUUAUACAAUAAUGUUUUGGGCUUCUUAUAUUAAAUGUGUCUGAUAGCAAAUUACAAUGUUUUAAUAUAAAUUGUUUGACAAAUAAUAGCUAUUAGCUAUUAUUAUAAUUAUGUUCAAUGUUUAAAGAUUUUGACUACCAAUUGUGUUUCCAUAAGUCAUUUUUCUUUUACAUUUAUUCUA